GGAAUUUGAAAAUUGUUAACGGCGGCGGCUAAGGGGGAAAGCGCUGCGGCUGAGGGGCAGAAGCGGUUCGGCGGCCUGAGGCGAGGUGCUCAUGCCAAGGCUCCUCAAUAAGGGCCUGCAGCAGCAGUCGAGGCCAAAAUGUCUCAGGAAACAUAUUCAUAUGAUGUCCCGGAUACUUGCAUGAACUUCAAGGCGUUGAACGAGGAGGAGUCAGUUUGUGUUGAUGCUUGGUUUGAUUACAAAGCAGGCCUGUUGAACACCCCAAGCGUAGACGCGGCAGCGGGCAUCUUCCAAAAAGCAGCUUCAUCAAGGGCUAACAUUCCACGAGCUAUUGUCUCACCAAUGGUGAAAUGCGAUGAGUCUCCCAAUGAAAAUAACGCACCUGAAGCAGCAUACAGGGUGCCACCAAAUUUGGUCACUUCCACGGCAGAGUGGCAUGGCAAGACAAAUGAUGCGGCUGCUCCUGCGAGGGGGCCAGGAAGGGUAGCCAGGAAGCCCCUGGCUCAGCGGAGGAACACCCCACACAGAACGGCCGCCAGGAACAGAGCAGAAAGGUGCGCUCAUGCCUCGGCGAACAAGGAAGACGCCCCUCCUCCAAAGAAACUGAAAAUGUCUGAUGGCAGGGAGAAACUGUGCGAAACUGCCGUGAACAGGAGCGUCUCGCCCAUGAGGGCCAAAGCAAAAGGGCCCAGCUUGCCGGCAACGCCUAAGAGGCAGCCAUCAGCCAAGGUGAAGUCUACUGAGGAGCUGGAGCUGGAAAGAAUGCAGCAGUUGCAGCAGGAGGUGGUUGAAAUGCGCCGGAAGAAUGAGGAGUCUCUCAGAGCUGCCAUUGCCGGACCAGGGCAACCUGUAAAGAAGACGGUGAGCCAAAUAACUAAGCCAAUAGACUUUCACUUCAGUACGGAUGAGAGGCUGAAACAGCAUGGUGAAAGCCAGCCUGGGACGGAGUACAAGGAGGUGGAUUUUGCGGCUGUCCUGAGAAAGCACCCACCGUCUCCGGCCCGUGUGGCAAAGGGAGCCACGAUCCCAAAGCCCUUCAAUCUGUCUCAGGGCAACAAACGGAAGCACGAGGCGACUGUCCCCGAGUUCGUGUCCUUGGCUCAGCAGGUUGAAAAGUUCCAGAGAAGCACGCCCUCUCGUUACCAUCUGCGGAGCAGGAAGGAGGAGGAAGCAGCUCCAAGAAAGCCACUGAAGGCCAAGCUGACCAACCCCAAAACUCCCCGCCUGGAAACCAAGAAUCGACUGCGACCCGUCACCUGCAAGAGUACAGAGGAGCUCGAGGCGGAGGAGCUCGCGGCUCUCCAACAGUACAAAUUCAAAGCUCAAGAACUCAACCCCCGGAUCCUGGAGGCAGGGCCGAUCUUACCGAAGAAGCCUCCAGUGAAGGAGCCCACCAAGCCCAUUGGAUUCGACCUGGAAAUCGAGAAGCGGAUUCAAGAGCGCGAGAGCAAGAAGCCGCAGGAGAAGGAACACUUCGAAUUCCAUUCCAAGCCGUGUCCGAUCAGAAUCCUUGAGGAAGUUGUGGGUGUACCAGAGAAAAAGCCACUUCCAAUCACAGUUCCCAAGUCCCCAGCCUUUGCGCUGAAGAGCAAAGUCGCUGCCCUAGCUAGAGAAGAGGAGAAGCAGAAGGAGGAGGAGGCCGCCCCUGUGAUCAAAGCCAAACCAAUGCCUUUUUUUGGAAUACCCUUCAAGCCGAAACCCCUUGAGCCAAGGCAAGUGGAAGUGUGCCCGUUUUCCUUUGACUCCCGGGACAAAGAGCGGCUGCUCCAGAAAGAGAAGAAGAUUGAAGAGCUUCAAAAAGAAGAGGUGCCGAAAUUCAGAGCACACCCUCUGCCUCAGUUUGAGCGCAUCAGCUUGCCAGAGAAGAAGGUGAAAAGUCCCACCAAGCCAGAACCCUUCCAGCUGCAAAUCGAUAAGCGAGGGGCACUGAAGCAGGAGUUGUGGCAGCAGCAGCUUAAGGAAGAGCUGAAGCACCAAAAGGAAGCUGCCUCUUUCAAGGCACAUCCCAGCUCGGUGUUGCACCAGGAGCCCUUCGUGCCAAAGAAGGAGAACAAACCACUUUCAGAGGCCCUUUCUGGUUCUGCAGUUCCUGAGAGCUUUGAGCUGGCCACAGAGAGGCGUGCCCGAGAGCGGCAGGAGUUCGAGAAGUGGCUAGAGGAGGCUGAGGCUGAGAAGGCCAGGGCCCGAGAGGAGACAAAGCGCAUGGAGGAAGAGCACGAAAGAGAGAGGUUGGCCAAGCUGAGAGAGGAGCUGGUGCACAAAGCCAAGCCAAUCCGCAGGUACCAGGGCGUGGAAGUCAAGCCUAGCGAUCAGCCCCUGACGGUGCCAAAGUCUCCGAACUUCUCGGACCGAUUUCGGUGCUGAGGACUGAGCAUCUGGGAGUUUUGCCUACAUGCAGGCAGGAGAGGUGCGUCUUCCUGGCCUUUUGGUUCUUUCUGAACUGGGACUCUUCAGACAGACUCUGUUUUCCUUAAACAGCCACAUAGUUUUUUCUUCGCCGCGCACGUUCCUAGCACAGAACUAGACUGGACAACGGCCUGACCUUUGACUUCAUGAGUCUGUUUGCUUGUUUCAGAGGGGAUGGAUGGAGCCGAGUUUUUUUUUAAUAUUGGAUGCUCCUAAACUAUUGUAUACUUAACCCAAAUAAAACCUUAA